AUGGCAUCCAAAGCAGUUGAAUCAGCAGUCUCGUCAGACAGCUUGGAAAUACCCCUCAUCGACUUCGCAUCAUUUGCUUCUGGAGAUGAGGAAACCAAACUCUCCACCGCAAAAGCCAUCUUAGAAGGGUUCCAGCGAGCGGGAUUCAUCUAUCUCAAAAACCAUGGCAUCCCAAAAGAUAAGAUCAAGACGACCUUUUCCGAGUCUGCAAAGUUCUUCAAACGCCCAGAAGAACAGAAACUUGAAAUGGCCUGGACUACACCACAAGCAAACAGAGGCUACUCUCCACCAGGCCGAGAAAAGACGACAGACUCUACAGACCCUGCGGAAAUCGCCAAGAUYCGUGCCACUGCUGGACCUGACAUGAAAGAGAGCUUCGAGAUUGGACGAGAGGGAGAGAAAGAUCUGCCGAAUCACUGGCCGGACUUUGAUGAAGAAGGUAAAGUGUUCAAGCAGAGAAUGCUCGACUUUCAUGAUGCUGGCAAAAACUUGCAUAUGCAAGUAAUGCGAGCAAUAGCGGUCGGUCUCGGGAUCGAAGAGAAGUAUUUUGAUGAGUACUGUGAGAUUGGAGACAACACACUUCGCCUUCUCCACUAUCCUUCAGUCAACAGCGAUGUGUUUAAAAAGAACGAGCUUACCGUUCGUGCGGGAGCUCACACUGACUAUGGAUCGAUGACCUUACUUUUCCAAGACAUGGCGGGCGGUCUCCAAGUGCUAUCACCGACAGGAGUCUACGUCAAUGCCACACCGAUUGAGGACACUAUCGUCGUGAAUGCCGGGGAUCUACUAGCGAGGUGGUCGAAUGAUACGAUCAAGAGCACCAAGCACCGGGUCGUCGAGCCACCUAGCUCCGCAGCAAUUCAUCCAGCGCGAUACAGCAUUGCGUACUUCUGCAACCCGGACUUCUCGAAGUUCAUCGAUGCCAUCCCAGGAACUUUCGAUGAAAGCAGGCCCAAAAAGUAUAGCGGGAUCAACAGUGGUGACUACUUGGUUCAAAGGCUGUCAGCAACAUAUUAG